GUUAUUAUCUCUCUUCUGACUGCCUUAAUAGCAUGCAUUUUUCUUUUUCAAAACAUUGUUUGUUUGUUUUUUUCCCCCUGACCUGCUUCAUGAAACUCCUCCUUGAAUUCUGAAUAAAGAUGCUGUAACAGGUAGAACAGUUAAAACUGAAAGCAAAAACCCAGCUUUUCAUUUGCGAGGAAAGAGGCUGAAAAAUCAACGUUGACCCGCAGGAUAUUUUUUAGUGAAUGAAAAACAGCAAAGCUUACAUCUAAAACUAAUCUCUAUGAGAGGCUGGAGGAUGAGGACACUGCCUCUAAAAUGAGUCUGAAUGAGGAGAUGGAAGUGAGGGGCACUGCAGCUUCUCCAGAACCCAGCUGUGUGUCUAUAAAGAGUGACACAUUAAUAGCUGAGCCUCCUAAUUUCAUUGAUGAAGCAGUGACCUCUGACCCCAGGCUAAAGAAUCAAAAAGCAGUAUCUCCAGAACCCAGCUGUGCGUCUAUGAAGAGUAACACAUCUAUAAUUAUGCCACCUAAUAUCACUGAUGAAGCAGUGACCUCUGACCCCAGGCUAAAGAAUCACAAAGCAGCAUCUCCAGAACCCAGCUGUGUGUCUAUGAAGAGUAACACAUCUAUAGGUAUUCCUCCUAAUAUCACUGAUGAAGCAGUGAUCUCUGACCCCAGCAGUGAGAGUGAGGAUAUGAUCCAGGUUCAGUCUAGAUGUGGAGUUUGUGAGCAGGUUCUGAGAGAUCCGGUCUCUGUCACUUGUGGACACAGUUUCUGUAGACACUGCAUCAGUUUCUACUGGGAUCAGUCUAGACAAUCAGAAGACUUUGACUGUCCUCCAUGCAGAAAGAGUUCCAGAACACGUCCUGAUCUACAGGCACACAUAGUCAUGAGAGGAUCCAGCUCUGCUCAUGAUUACACACAAGCAACCCUGCAGGAGAUCGGAGACCUGCAUAAACCAGUGAAUAAUGAGCAACAGAGAGUCAAAGACCAACACAAAACCAGCAUGAAGAUAAAGUAUGAGAGAUUAUUUGAGGGAACCAAAUUCCAUGGGAAUGAAACCCUUCUGAACAGGAUCUACACACAACUCUACAUCAUAGAAGGAGAGAGAGAAGGAGUGAAUGAAGAACAUGAGGUUUUACAGAUGGAGAACACAGCCAGAACAAAAUACUCAAAAGACACUCCAGUCUGCUGCAAUGACAUCUUUAAAGCCUCACCUGAACCAGGAUGUGAGGAGAAAGACCAAAUCAAGACUGUUCUUACUAAAGGCAUCGCUGGAAUUGGAAAAACCGUCUCUGUGCAGAAGUUCAUUCUGGACUGGGCCGAGGGAAAAGCCAAUCAGGAUGUAGAUUUCAUGUUUGUGCUUCCAUUUCGAGAGCUGAACUUGAUCCGAGAUCAUCAGUACAGUCUUCACAGACUUCUACUGGACCUUCAUCCUGAACUUCAAGAUCUGGACUCAAAGAUUUAUGAGGAGUGUAAAGUUGUGUUCAUCUUUGAUGGUCUGGAUGAAAGCAGAAUGACACUGAUGUUUUCAGAUGCUCAGAAAGUUUCUGAUGUGACUGAGACUUCAUCAGUGGGUGUGUUGAUGUCAAACCUCAUGAAAGGAGAACUGCUUCCCUCUGCUCUCAUCUGGCUCACCUCCAGACCAGCAGCAGCCAAUCAGAUUCCCUCCAAAUACAUCAACCGUCUGACAGAAAUUCAGGGAUUCAAUGAGCCUCAGAAGGAGGAAUAUUUCAGGAAGAGAAUCAGUGAUGAGCAUCAAGCCAGCAGAAUCAUCUCACACAUCAGAAGAGCAAGAAGCCUCCACAUCAUGUGCCACAUACCCGUCUUCUGCUGGAUCUCAUCCACUGUGCUUCAAAAGCUCAUGAAAGAAGAUCUGAGUGCAGAAAUCCCUCAAACUCUAACUGAAAUGUACAUCCACUUUCUGCUGAUUCAGAUCAACAUGAGGAAUCAGAAGUAUGAAGAGAGAGAUCCAGAGAAACUCCUGCAGUCCAACAGAGACAUGAUUGUGAAACUUGCUGAAGUAGCUUUCAAACAGCUGAUGAAGGGCAAUGUGAUGUUCUAUGAGGAGGACCUGAGAGAUAGUGGCAUAGAUGUCACUGACGCCUCAGUGUAUUCUGGGAUAUGUACUGAGAUCUUUAAGGAGGAAUCUCUAAUUCAUCAGAGGAAAGUCUACAGCUUUAUUCAUCUGAGCGUUCAGGAGUUUCUUGCUGCUUUUUACGCCUUUUACCAUUAUGUAAUGAAAAAUGUUGACACAUUGCAGUUUAUUGAUGUAGUGCAUAAUCUGCUUAAAGGUGCAGUAGAUAAAGCCCUUGAGAGUGAGAAUGGACAGCUGGAUCUGUUCCUGCGGUUCCUGCUGGGAGUCUCAUUGGAGUCCAAUCAGAGACUCUUACAGGAUCUACUGACACACACAGAGAACAGCUCAGAGAGCAUCAGGAGAACCACACAGUACAUUAAAGACAAGAUCAAAGAUGGACAUGGACUCUCCACUGAAAGAUCCAUCAAUCUGUUCCUCUGUCUGCUGGAAGUCAAAGAUCAGACUCUGUCCAGAGAGAUUCAGGAGUUUGUGAAAUCAGACAAACACUCAGAGAAGAAACUCUCUCCUGCUCACUGUUCAACAAUCGCCUACAUGCUUCAGAUGUCAGAGGAGGUGCUGGAUGAGCUGGACCUCAAGAAAUACAAUACAUCAGAUAAAGGUAGAAAAAGACUUAUACCAGCUGUGAUCAACUGCAGAAAAGCCACCCUUGCUGGCUGUAAUCUCACUGGUCAGUCCUGUGAAAUUGUGUCAUCAGCUCUACAAUCCUCAAACUCUGUCCUGAGAGAGCUGGAUCUGAGUAACAAUGACCUGCAGGAUUCAGGAGUGAAGCUGCUCUCUGAUGGACUGAAGAGUCCAAACUGUCAGCUGGAGAUACUGAGGUUGUCUGGCUGUAUGGUGACAGAGGAAGGCUGUGGUUAUGUGUCUUUAGCUCUGAGUUUAAACCCCUCACACCUGAGAGAGUUGGAUCUGAGCUACAAUCACCCAGGAGAAUCAGGAGUCCAGCUGCUCUCUGACAAACUCAACCAUCCAAAUUAUAAAAUGCAGAUACUCAAUUUGGAUCAUGGAGAACAUUUCAGAAUCACACCAGGACUAAGAAAAUAUGCCUGUGAUCUCACACUAGAUCCAAAUACAGUCAACAAUCAACUCAUGCUGUCUGAGGGGAACAGGAAGGUGACACAUAUGAAAGAGCAGCAGUCGUAUCCUGAUCAUCCAGAGAGGUUUGAUACAUACCCUCAGGUUCUUUGCAGAGAGAGUCUGGCUGGACGCUGUUACUGGGAGGCUGAAUGGAGUGGGAGAGUUACUGGAUUAGCUGUGACAUAUAAAGGAAUCAGCAGGAAAGGAGUGAGUGACUGUGUAUUUGGAUGGAAUGACAAAUCCUGGAGUCUCUUCUGCUCUGAUAACAGUUACAUUGUUUGUCACAAUAAUGACAGAACUGAUUUAAUUGCUCCUUCACCCUCCUCUACUAGAGUAGGAGUGUAUGUGGACGUGUCGGCCGGCACUCUGUCCUUCUACAGUGUCUCUGACACACACACACUCACACACUUACACACAUACAACACCACAUUCAAUGAACCCCUCUAUGCUGGAUUUAGGGUUUAUGAUGCUUCAGUGUCUUUGAGAAAUAUCUGAACCAUCACAAACAGUCUCUUUUUCAAGCAUUCACAAACUUUCUUGCAUAAAACAACUCACACAGCUGAAUGGUGAAAUGUAAUUUGUGUUCAUACAGAGGUGUCAUAUGGUAUUUGCAUAAAUAAUGAUUGUUCUUGAACAGGUUUCCCCAAACAUGUCGCGGUCUGUCAUUGGUCAGUAAUCAAUCGUGUCAGUAAAUGAUGUUUUUUUUAACAAAGUUCGGGUGGAGCACAUUCAGAUAAUCUAACCAAUCAGCGCGAGAGGAGGCAUAUAUAUAUAUAGCAAACUCACCUUGGUUCCACUGCAGAUUUUUCCAGCAUCCCUCCUUCACCCAACUCUUCACUCUUGAUUAUUCUGAGGUCCAAGAUCUGAGCCCUCUCCCCGAACAGCAUGCCAAAUAUGCAUAACCUUAUAUAAUUAAAUGUAAUUGUGAACUAGUGAAACAUUGUUUUUUUUCUCUCUGUCUACUGUUUUAGUUGUUACAGCUCAGGAAAGUCAUCAGUGGAUUUUGAAACAUUGCAUUGUCAUGCUAAUUAUUACUCAAAAGUAGUAAUUUUAACAUUGUAUAACCAGAGUUUAAGUCCUAUCAUUGUACUUUGGCAAGCUGUUGUCUGUUUGUUUGUACAUAUUAAAUAAACAAGGUUU